AGGUUGACCACCACCAUGAGUGACGAGCAGGAGGACGCGUCUGUCUUGGGCAAACGCGCGCGGGAUGGAGACAUGCCCGUAGACGACGACUCAGACGAUGAACAGGGUCCCAUGCCGUUACCCGCCGGAGAGACGAUUAAAAAGAAACGAAAAGUGCUCCCGCAUGAAAAACUGUACCUCGAUCACCUUCCAGAUGCCGACCAAUAUUACAAGAGCUUCAUGCAUCGCGAUGUCAUAAACUUCUGCGUGGUCACAAGGACCGACUUUAUCGUCACCACGUCCAUUGACGGUCACUUGAAGCUUUGGAAGAAGCAAGACGAAGGCAUCGAAUUCGUCAAGCACUAUCGGGCCCACUUAACACCAAUAACUGCGGUAUCCUGUAGUGCAGAUGGGCAACUCUUCGCGACCGUUUCUGAAGAUGGCACCGCGAAAGUGUUCGAUGUUGUUAACUUUGACAUGAUCAACAUCAUCAAGUUGGGGUAUACGCCGCUAGCUUGCUGUUGGGUCCAUCGUCGUGGUCAAGUUCAAGGCUUGCUUGCAGUUUCCGACUCUGCAUCUGGUGCUAUUCAUAUCUACGAUGGGCGUGGUGAUGACAAACCACUCGAGAGCAAUAUGAAUCUUCACCGCGCACCCGUUCAUGUCAUGUCGUACAGCGACAGAUACGACACGGUGUUGUCUGCCGACGAGUCUGGCUUUCUUGAGUACUGGAAGCCCACAGAGCCGUUCGAACCACCCAAGAACCUCGCAGGUUUGUGGUCAUAUCGGAGUGAGACGGAUCUCUUCGAAUUCAAAAAAGCCAAAUCUAUACCGACUUGCAUUACGCUUUCGCCGGAUUCCUCCUCCUUCGUGACCUUUUCACUCCCUGACCGACAAAUUCGCGUAUUCUCAUUUCUGGGAGGCAAACUGACGCGCAAAUAUGAUGAAUCACUGCAAGCAAUCCAAGAGAUGCAGCAAGCUGGCACCGCGUUGUACAAGGUCGAAGAUAUGGAGUUUGGGAGGCGACUCGCCCUUGAACGAGAGCUGGAGCUGCCGGGAUCAGAUGGUCGGGUGCCUGCUCGUUGGAGCAACGCUGUUUGGGAUGAAAGUGGUGCAUUUAUUUUGUACCCAUCACUACUCGGUAUAAAAGUCGUAAACACGGUCACAAACCGCGUCGUGCGCUUGCUGGGCAAGGACGAGCCCGUUCGCUGGCUAAAUCUUUCUCUGUAUCAAGGAGCCCCCGCAAAGAAGGGGAUCACGACCAUCGCCAUGGCCGCCUCUGCCAAUCCCAUCUUGGCCAACAAGGGGGAGAGAGACCCAACGCUGUUCUGUACAGGCUACAAACGGUCGCGAUUCUAUAUGUUCACGCGUUCUGAACCUGGCGAUGGACCAGCUGGCGAUCGCGACGUGUUCAACGAGCGACCGACUCGUGAAGAACAGAAUGUAGCCACUUCUGCCGCAGCCGCUCCGAGUGGCCCUUCACCAGUCGCCGAUGCAGGAACCAUCCACACAACCAUGGGCGACAUACAUAUCCGUUUCUUCCCCCAACAAGCACCCAAAGCCGUCGAGAACUUUGUUGGUCAUGCGCGUAGUUCUUUCUUCGAGGGGAUCAUUUUCCACCGAGUAAUCCCCAAAUUCAUGAUCCAGACGGGAGACCCCCUGGGCGACGGGACAGGCGGGACAUCCAUUUGGGGUCGCGAGUUCGAAGACGAAUUCUCGCCUGACCUUCGCCAUGAUCGACCCUACACCGUUAGCAUGGCUAACGCCGGUCCAGGUACCAAUGGCAGCCAGUUCUUCAUUACGACGACCGCGACACCGUGGUUAGACAACAAACACACCAUCUUUGGGCGUGUGUUGGCGGGAUUCGAGGUCAUCCACAACAUUGAGAACGUCAAAACCAAUAAUGGGAACAAGCCAUAUGAGGAUAUUAAAAUCAUCUCUGUAACUAUCGAAUAG